AUGUGGCUGGCCCGGCCAGGGCUGACCGUCGAGGACAGUGGUCGGCGCGUCUCCUCUUCAGCCAAAAGCCUCUGGCGAGGAUCCUGCUUGCAAGGAUUGCGCAUCCCAGAGAAGGGCCAAGGCCUCUUCUCCGUGCGAAUUCUUUCCGGCUUGGUCCGGGUGGGUUGGGUCGCGGACGAGGCCUCCUCAGAUGCUGUGGGAUGCGACGAGACCAGCUUUGGCUUCGGAGGAACAGGGAAGAAAUCCCACGCCAAUGUGUUUGACUCCUUCGGCGACACUUUCGGACGUGGCGAUGUUAUCGAGUCGCGUCUGGACCGCCGGCAGGGACUUCAGAUUUCUUUCACCCGAAACGGCAGCGACCUUGGUGUAGCCUUCGAUUUCAAGGCCGAGCUACCACAGCUGGCACAAAUGUCGCUGGUUCCUGCCGUUUGUGGCAAGGGCUUCCAAGUGGAGUUUUGCUCUGCGGAUCCUCUUCUAAAGCCAUGUCUGCCGUGCAAUCAUCAGUCGGAGGCUCAGGAGAUGUCCACAAUGCUCCGCUAUUAUACCCUCCGCUGCACCGCCCAGAAGAAAGCCACGGUGACGGGCAAAGAGCCACAGGUACAGGCCAAGCAGGCCAAGGCCAAGCUUUUAAAGCCUUGCCAAGCGGAAAAUUCCGAGGGGAUCCUGCGCAGCUUCUUCGCGAAAGAAAAGGCCCAAGCUGCGGCGGUUGCAGAGCAAGGCGUAGAGAGCUGGCUGCGCUCCUGCCUCGGCACGGAGGGGGCGGACACCACGAAGGGAGCUCGUGUUGAGGCUCGGGAGGUCCACAAGGAGAUCCGAAAGGUCGAGCGAAGCAAGAAGCUGCCCUCGGGUCCAACCUUCACCAUCACGGACUCCCAGCCGGCAAGCAGGGCCAAUGCAGACCGGGCCUUCUCUCAGAACUUGGCCCUUUGGGAGUCCCUGCCACGGGGCCAUGCGGAGGUGCGCGAGGAGACCGGCCGUCUGCUCUGCGAGCUCGCGGCCAUGCGGAAGUUCGGGAGCUCCGAGGAGAAGUUCGGGCCCCUCGCCCGGCAGGCGAAUGGCGCCCGCCGCUGCGCCCUCUCGCUUCUUCCGGCGGCCCUGAGGAGCAUCAGCAACGAGGCGCAAAGCAGCCCGAGCCUGGCCAUGGUCUUCACCACCAAGGAGAACGGGGAGAUGUGCAAGGCCUCCUUCUUCUUUUACGGCCAGGGCGAGGGAAGGCCCUACAUGGCCCUGGGAUCCAAGAACGUCACUCUGGUGGUGGUUGCUACGGAAGAGGCCGAGGCUUUAGCAGAUCUGAGAACCUACACGGAAGAUCGGUACCAGUUUGCUGUGGAGAUGGCCGAAGUCUUCCUUGCUCAGAUCUUCAAGCUGAGUGAAGGGCAGAGGACCACUAUGAUGCGUUUCGUAGCUGAGCAUUCCGCCACUCUUUGUGGAGAAUCCAUUUCUCCGGUACACCAGCACAUCCAAAGCUACCACGAUGGUCAAAGGCAGAUUCAGGCGCACAUCCGAUUCUUCGCUAUGACUGCUCCCAGCUCCUUCCAGACCUCCGGCCUGACCCUACUAGAGCCACAGCAUGCAGCUCGCAUCUUCAGUGACUGGGGGCUCCAUCCUGUUGAAGCCCUGGACGAAGCCCUGGUCAGCGACGCCCGAGCUGUGGAAGAGCUUGAGCGGAAGCACUUGCUCCUCCCGAACCGGGAAGGUGCUGUGGUUUACGUGGUUGUGCGGUCGGUGGGACCUUCCGGCACCCAACUUGCGCGAACUGCCUUGGUCUAUAAGUGGAAGAAUGCUUGGUAUGUUACGGUUCGGGCUCUCCGGGAGAAGUUCUGCAGGAGAGUCUCCGAAUUGCGCAUCCGCAGCCGUAUUCGACUGCUUCACGUGCACCACCCGGAUGAGAACAAGAUCUUAGAGGACUACCUCUCCUUCUACCGUUGGGUGCUGCUCCUGCUUCCGCAGAAGGGCUUUGCGGAGACCCUGCCCUCCUUCUGGGUGGACCUCAAAGCCGCGCACGAUCUCUUCCACGGGCCUGACGAGAGCCAAAGCUGGGCAAGGGCACUGCCCGAAAGCCUCACCGCAAGCUUUCCCGCUGGCUGGCUGGCCUCCUUCCCGCAGCUCUACUCCUUCCUGCGGGCAGAAUUGCCCGUGGAGCACUGGGUGCCGGCACUGUGUCGACAUCGACCUUUGCUGGAAACUGAGGCACCGGAAGUCUGGCUGCAGAAGGUCCGCGAGCAGCUUCCCUCCUUGGCUUUCGGCUCUUUGCCGAAAGCGACUCCCGAUCAGAGAGCCGAGGACGAGGACGUGGCCCUGGUGGUCGUCCUCGUCCGAGGCCUCCAGGGAAGUGGGAAGUCCAGCCUUUGCCGAGGCAUGAGGGAACUCUUGGGCGGCGAUUGGGUGAACCAGGACGAGGUGGCUGCGGCCAUGGGUAAAAAGGGGAGAUCUCCGAAGGAAGAGUUCCUGAAGGUGCUCACGGCGGCGGCAGCUCGCCCAAACAUACGCUACCUCUUCGUAGACAAGAUCCACACGCUGAAGCAGCACCGGGACGAAGUGGCGGGAGCCGUUUGCCAAGGCUUUCUUCAGCGUUCCACUCAAGAGGGGCGGAUGGUGCUGGCUUUGUUAAAUCUCUGCCACCCUGAGGAUGAGGAAGGCGAGUUUUCCAACGCCGCGGACGUGUGCACGGCCCGGAUCGCGGGCAGGGGUUUGUCCCACCUCUCGCUGGUUCCACAAGCCACAGAUGCGACUGCAGUGGUCUUGUCUGCGGGGGAGAGCGCGGAAGUCUUGACGGAUGAGGAGAAGUGUCAGUUCGACGUUUAUGCGGAUCUUGACAUGCGCCUCCCACAGCAGGCUUUGCUUCAGAGUGCUUUAAGCAAACUCUGCUUCGCAGGGCUCCUCUCAGAAGAGUCUUUCACUGAAGACCUUUACCAGCAUGCGGUGGAGGCAGCAAAGGCACAUGAGGUGGAUCUCUCAAAGAGGUGGAAGACUUUGUACUGGAUGGUGGCACUAGACUGGCAAAGCAUCCUAUGGGAGAAGGAGACUGAACCUUUGCAGGAGGUCCUGGCAAAAGCAAUGCAAUCGAUCCAAACAGCGCAUGCACCCAGCUUGCAGCCAAUCGCUGAUCCUCACAUCACCUUGCUCUGGGCACCCGAACUUGGCCCGGAAUCUUCACAAGUUCAGGAAGGGCUCGAGAGGAUGGAAGGCCAUGAGGUGCAGGUCACCGUGCACGCAUUGUGUUGGGAUGAGGGCCUCGGGCUCAUUGCGCUCAGGGCGUCCUUGGACUCGACUUGCGCACACCUCUGCCAAAAUCUUCAUCCGCACAUCACCGUGGCAAGACUCCCUGGGGUGGCAGCCAAGCUUUCCAACGACAUGCUCAAGCGGCAACAAGAGGGAGACGUUUCGGUAAAGCAGGUCUCGCUGCAGCCCUUCAUAGUGACUGGGCUUGUGCAACGGCAGCUGUCAGCCGAGUCCCUUGCUUCUGCAGCGGCUUCAGCAGGUGCCCUGCCGGACGGCAAUCCCGUUUGUGACUUCGGUCUAGCUGCGACCGGGGAGUCUGUCGACGUCUGGGCAACCUACGAUGCAUCAGUGCGCUUCCGGAAGAUUUCCCGUGUGCUGAGCACCUUGAUCUGUCCAGUCUCCGAGCCCUUGUUACAGUGUAAGGGCUGGCCGCCCAAGCUUCGUGGAAAGAUGUGGCUCACGUUCCACGAGAGGCCCCUAAGCAGCCAGAGCAUGCGAGCUUUGGAGCAGCUGCAGAAACAGAACUUGUUUCAAACCCUGCACGCGGCGGUGGCUUACUUCCCAAUCUCUGAAGACUUCUUGCAGAAGACCCUGGCAGAAAUGCAGGAAGAACUUGCCCAGCGGCUCUCCGAGCGCGGGGCAGAGGCCCUGGAGCACAGCCUGCAGGCUCUGGCAACCUGGCAAGGCCAGCCCUCCUUGGAGAAGCCCAGUUUCUACGUCCAGUGCAAAGCGGCUGGGUCCCAGGAGCAGACCGUGAGGCUCCGGCAGGCGAUGGCUGGGGCCGUUGCGGGCCUCGUGCAUUGGUCUCCGGAGUUGAAGGCCGCGGUGACCCUGUCCGUCCAGACUCGAGAUGACUGGAUCCUGCUGGGCUUGGUCUUGUCCGGAAAGGCCAAGGCCUCGACAGACGUAAGAGAGGCAAAGGCUGUCGUAGAGGCGAAGGCCCCGGGCCCGGGCCCCGAAGCCAAAGUUCACCUGACCUCAGAGAUCGAGCCCAUCGAGCCCUUGUCCGCGAGCGGAAGCAAGGGCUUGGACUUGGAUGGUUCCCACCUGGAAGGGGGCGGACAGCUCCUUCGCAACGCCAUGGCGUAUGCUGCCGUGCUGGAGAGAGAAGUGCGAGUUCGCAACGUGAGGUUGGGCAGGUCGCCCCCCGGCCUGAGACCUUCACAUCUGGCAGCGGUGGAGGGUGUCAGCCGAUUGGCGGGGGGAUUCUGUGAAGGAUUGGCAGCAGGCAGCAUGGCUUUCCGUUAUGUCAAGGAGCAGGACAACGACUUCACCGAGCUUGUGGUGGAUGCGGGCACAGGAGGCUCCACAAUGCUGAUGCUUCAGGCUCUCCUGCCGGUGAUGCUGGCGAAAUCUGGCACGCUCAAGUCCGCAGUGCAGGUUACCCUACAAGGGGGUACCAACGUAUGCUCCCCCAGGGAUGGAAAAGUCACGGCUCCCCAAGUUGAGUAUAUACUGCUUGUCUUGUUUCCCAUGCUGCGACGCCUUUUCGGCGUGAAUCUGGAAAUGGAUGUCCGCAAGAAGGGCUUCCUUAAUGGAGGGGGUGAGGUCGUUGUCCGCGCAUCCGCCCCUCACUGGCCGCUUCCGUGCUUCGAACUUCUGGACCGCGGUGCCGUCCGAAGUGUUUCUGCUGCGGUGUACAGCUCUGCGGGGGUUCCUCGCCAUGUACUUGGCCGCAUGGUCGAGGGGGAGUUGAAGAAGCGCCCGAGUGGCGCGAGCAUCCUUCUCAAGGAGCGCCUCCCCGAGGCAGAGGUGCACUGGAAUUCGCAGGAAUGCCCCUCAAAUGGUGGUGAUGCCUGUGGCCUUGUGGUGGCUGUGGAGACAGACCGCAGUGUUUUCGGAGGCGACUCGAUGGGAAGGAGGGGGACCUCCGCAGAGAGCGUGGGCGAGGAAGCCGUGCGGAAGGCCUUGGAUGCCCUGGGCGGCGGCGGCUGCGCCGACGAGCAUCUGGAGGACCAGCUGGUGGUUUUCAUGGCACUGGCAAAGGGCCGCUCGCGGCUCCGGCUGGGGAGAGCGACCCGAUGCUUGCACCUUCAGACUGCAAUCUGGUUGGCUCAGCAGUUUGGUGCUUCAGUGCAACUUGUACAGGACGAAGCCAACCCCAUCUUGGAAAUUUGCGGUGUGGGAGGGACGUUGGAGGCUGGCAUGUGA